AUGUAUUUUGGCUAUAAAAGCACCAUAUCAGGAUUUAUGCUUUUUAAACCAAAUAAAGCCUACGAAACAAUCGACAAAAAUAUCUCGGAAGCAACUGUGCAUAAAUUAAGCCAGCAUCUAUGGUAUUUAUAUAAUGAAGUAGCUGCUUUAUCAAUAUUUGACAACGAUGUCGACAAAGGAGAUAAAAUAAAUAUGGUUGAAAACUUUGACAGUGACAUUAUAUCGAGCUAUGGUAAACGCUAUAUACCAUCCAAAGAGGAACUCUGCGGUUCCUUGUUACCAUGUAUUUUAUAUGGAAAUUUUUUUUUGACGUCAAACAAAUAUUAUAAUGGAGACAUUAUUUCAACAUAUUUUGAAGUAAGUAAUAUUAAUGAAUGCGGAAAUUAUUGUGUCAGAUCUCCAACUUGUGUGUUUGCAAAUUUUAACGCAAUUCAAAAAACUUGUCGGUUAAUGUCGUCAGCGGCAAACUUUUCAAACAGUGUAACUGAUAGUCAAUGGCAAGUACUGACAACUGAUGAUUCCAGUAUGAAAAACCUUGGUCCUCUAUGCGAAUCAAACACUCCUUGCACAACAUUGUAUUGCCGAGAUGUAUGCUUAACAGAUGAUCAAGAUUUAGUUCACAGUUACACUUGCUUUGAUAAAACUGAUAUUUCAAAAGAUGCUCUUCCUUCACUUUCAUCAAUAUAUGGUCAAGGCACUGAACCAAUCAAAGCCAUUGACUCCGACAAAACUACAGCUGCAAUUACGCAUAAUGGUGGUCAAAAUUGGUUUCAACUGGAUCUAAAGUAUAUAUAUCAAAUGCGUAAAAUAGUUAUUUGGAAUAACAGUGAUGAUCCAACAAAAAUCAGUGGAAACAUAUUAAGUGGAAGCAUAAUCAAUAAAUUAAGCAAUUUUAUAAAAAUUGCGACACUAAACUCCAAUGAACAACAAACUUAUUUAACUUCAAUUGCAGCGAGAUAUUUGCGUAUAGUUAAACAAAACUCUGUACAGCUUCAUCUAGGAGAAAUUUCUGUUUACGUAUAAUAUGCAUACUUGUAACUUAUUAAGUUUUGCGGGCCGACUAUUUCGAUCUAUUUUCCCAGCAACUUUUUAAACUGACUUUUCAUCUGCUUUUAACAGCAAUUUGUUGCUC